CCACAGCAGCCGUGUGCGUGUCUGGUCUCUUGCGCACUGUCUCGCGAACACAUCCAGUGAGGUGCAGCUCACCCCGUAGCCUACCGCAACCCCGUUGUUCCAGCAGUAUUUCCUUCUAGGAGCUGCCUCGUUCCACGGCAGUCAACCGGUGUCACAGACAGCAGGGCGGAGAGACCGGGGGGGUGGAGCGAGACGGAAUAAGCCUUGGCGAGCUGGCGGCUGGACAGAGCAGCCUCAGGGCAGACUGCCAGUGGUAGACCAAGAUGUUCUUCCGUUACGCUCUGGUGUUGGUUGGACUAUCCAUUGCCUACGGGAUAGAGCCCACUCCUAUCCUGAUUGACGUAUUACCGGGAGAGACAAGAUGCGUGGGGGACAGCGUGCGAGUCGGCGAGGACACGACGUUCACUUUCAGGGCGGCGCCAGUAGACGGCCCUUUCUCAGACAAGGUCAAGGUGAUCUUGGAGCACCCCAACGGAGAAGAGCCGUUCAUCGCGGAGUUGACGGAGGAGAGGGAGUCCCAUCGUGUGGACAAGGGGGAAGGGGGGGGAACCUACAGGGUUUGUUUCCGCAACAUGAAAACCAAGGGGAGAAGUACGAGAGUGGAGCUGGUGGAGACGACCUUAGCGGUGACACAAGGCGCUUCUCAGGUCGCCAAGCACCUGCAGCCAGUGGACGAGCUCCUUAAGCAUGCCAAGGAGCUGGCAAAAAGCCUGAGCGAGCAGCUGCGGGAGAACGCGUCGAGCGAGAGAGAAGGCCUCGAUUCGGACAAGGUGCUCCGUUCUCGAAUCAACAUCGUGGCCGCCUUCACCGUCCUGGGGCUCCUUUCGGUCAGCGGCUGGCAGCUGUCCCUGCUCAACAAGUUCUUUCGAUCGAAAAAGCUCAUCUGACCCCGGGCGGGCGCUCGAAACGUUUAUUGUACCGGCGCUCGGCGCUGGGUCGAGACCUACUUGGAGCUGUCACGUGGUACUCUUCUGCGACCCGUGGUUUCACACGUGGCGUGGUCUCGUUGUCAUUCAGUCGGCGGCUUCGGCUGACGCGUUUGUCUGUCACUCGAACCCUGCUCUGCAGCGUCUUUGCUUUUUAGAAGUUGCCUACACGUUGAGUGCGGGGCCCGCGGGAGGCUUGGAGCAAAAGAGUACGGUUCCUGAAACGGUUGCUUGGAGUAAGGCCUUGCAGGUGUCACACCCAUUGUUUUGUUUUGCUUUUCGCUUUUGCCCUGUGUGCUUGUUGUUGAACGGCACCAUGCUCUCAAACGCAUGCUGCAACCGCUUCGUGGUGUUGACGGCUCGGCCAUUCCCUGGCCACGUCAGGCAUCCAGUGUCUUGACGCUAAGCCCUUGACCUAUUGGUGCCCUCUCUUGCGCAGCAGCUGUCCCCAUUUAAAGCGCGAAACCGCCCCAGAUACACAAGUAGCCCUUUCUUUUCUCGCUUGGGGUAAGUUAUUCGUCCUUGGAUUGGUUGAUGCCUGUUGGUUUUGUACCGUGUUGUCGUGCAGUGUAUUGAGUUGUUCGCAGUUUAGAGGGGGGGGGG